AAUUUAUGUAGUUUUUUUUUUGUAUAUAUUAUGAAAUUAGAGUUUUACAAGGAAAUAUUCGAUGGAUGUUUUAAAAAUGAUGGAUUUGUUGUAAUGGGUAAUGGAUUGGGUAUCCAUAAUAUUAUAUUAGGGUUUUUAAAAUGGUAUUCAGAUAGCAGCGAUUUAGUAUUGUUUCUGGAUUGUAAAUCAAAUGAAUCACUUCAAAACUCUUAUUUGUUUUAUUGUGAAAGGUUAAUAAAUUUUGGGAUAAAGUAUUCAAGUUUACCAACACUCAUCAACCAAGAGCAUUCAGGAUCUUCAAAAAUCAACAUGUACUUAAAAGGUGGUGUUUAUUUUGGUUCUGCUUCCAUUCUCGUUUUAGAUUUUCUUACAAAAAGAAUGCCCUGUCACUUAAUAUCUGGUAUUAUUUUAAACAAUGCUCAUUUAAUAACUGAUACCUCUAUUGAAUAUUUAUUAAUAAAAUUAUUUAGACAAUAUAAUAAGAAAGGAUUUAUCAAAGCUUUUACAAACGAGCCAAAUUAUUUAGUUGAUGAAUUAGGUAAGUUACAAAGAAUUAUGAAGUAUUUGCAUGUUGGGAAAUUGUUUUUGUGGCCAAGGUUUCACCAGAAUAUAUCGUGCAUAUUAGAUCAACAUCCACCAGAUUUAAUAGAAUUGUCAAUUCAGCUAACACCAACAAUGAAAAAGAUCGAAGAGUCAUUAAAUCAAACUAUAAAGUCGUGUAUCAUUCAAUUAAAAACAAAAAAUAACUUGGUUCAUUUCGAUGAUGAUUUAUUUGACACAAUGAUUGAACAACAAUUAAAACCAAUUUGGUCCAAGGUUAGCAACUAUUCAAAGCAAUUGAUAUCGAGUAUAAAGUUAUUGAAAAGAUUAUCAUCAAAUUUAUUAUCAUAUGACUGUGUCACUUUUUAUCAUCUUUUGUUAAUGAUUAAAGAAGAUCAAAUACAAACUUGGUUAGAAAAUAAAGAGGCAACUCAACUAUUUAAAAACAGUCAAGAAAGAGUUUAUAAAUUAAAAAAUAAUAAUAAUAAAAAUAAUAAUAAUAACAACAAUAAUAAAAAUACAAAAAAAAAAUCAGAAAAAGAAGAAAGAUUGGUAGAAGAUUUAAAUGAUAAAAAUAGAAUUUUAGAAUUAGAAGAAAACCCCAAAUGGAAUUUAUUAUAUCAAAUUUUGAAAGAAAUAGAAAAUGACAAUUCAGUUGAACAGGGCACAACAUUAAUAUUUGUAAAGGAUGAAAGAACAGUUCAGCAACUUUACUCAUAUUUAAACGAUGGUGGUUUUAAUUUUCUAUUAAAAAAAUAUGAAAAGUUUUAUGAAAAUCACAAAAUUCAACAAGAAAUUAAAAAAGAAUUACAAAAGCAACAGCAACAGCCACAACCAACAGCCUCAUCAAACUCAAACCCAUUUUACAGUUAUAAUUUUAAAAGAAAAAGAAAUUUUAGAGAAAAUAGAAAGCAAUUAAUUUCAGAAACAUUAAAAAAGAAGAAGAAUCAAACUCCCAAUGGCUCUACUUUGUUCAAUAUGGGUAUUUCGCUAGUUGAUAACAGCAAUAGAACAAAUUCUGUACCAAAUCCAAAAAUCAUAGACCUGGAUCAGCAACAUAUGGACGACCAAAAACUAUUAUCAAAUAUUAAUCUAGUGCAAGAAUCAAAUGACUUUAAUCAAUUUUACCAAAUUUUAACCCCACCAUAUAUUGUUAUUCAUCCAAUCGAAAGUUCUUUAACAAUUUUAGAUGAAAUCAGACCUACCAAUAUUAUAAUUUACGACCCAGAUGUUGCAUUAGUAAGGCAAAUAGAGGUCUACAAGGCAGAGAACCCAGGCAUUCCAUUAAGAGUAUAUUUAAUGACUUAUUCAGGUACAGAGGAGUAUAGGUAUAUUCAACAGUUGAAUAGAGAAAAGAAUUCGUUUGAAAAGUUAAUAAGGGAAAAAUCAAAUUUAGUUAUAGAUUCAAAUCAAGAAGGUAAAUUGGAUGAAAUCGAUCAAUCAAAAUUAGAAAUUUUAGAUAAUUCCAAUGUAUCAUAUAGAAACAGUAGAAUUGGUGGGUUAAAGAGGACAACAUUAAUACCAGGUCAAAAGAGAAAAGUUAUUAUUGAUUCACAUGAAUUCAAAUCAUCCCUACCAGUUGUGCUUCACAACCAUGGCUAUGAAAUUAUUCCAUUGCGUUUGGAGAUGGGUGAUUAUAUAGCAAGUCCAUAUCACUGUAUCGAAAGAAAGUCUGUUUCGGAUUUAAUAGGUUCUUUUUCAUCAGGCCGUCUUUAUACUCAAAUCGAAGCGAUGAAUCGUCAUUAUCGUAAUCCAAUAUUACUCAUCGAAUUCGAUUUAAAUCAACCAUUUUAUUUUGUACCACUCGAAGAGAUAUCCCAAUCUUUUAUUUCCAUUCAGUCACUUUCAAGCAAAUUGGUAAUUCUGACUAAAGCAUUCCCAAGGCUUCGUGUUAUUUGGUCAAGAAGCUCUUACUCAACUGCAAAUAUUUAUGACCGUUUAAAAGAGGGACAACCCGAACCAGAUCCAUCAACGGUAAAUGUUAUUCCAGAAACCGAUGACGACAAUUAUAAUUUCAAUGCACAGGAUGUUUUAAAAAAUUUACCCGGUGUUACCGAUGACAAUAUUAAAUCAAUUAUGGAUAAUGUCGAUGACCUCUAUCAUUUAUCAAAACUAUCAUUUGUGGAAUUAAAAAAAAUUUUAAAAAAUGAUGAAAAAAAUACAAAUUUAUUAUUUAAUUUUUUUAAUGAUAUAGAAUAAUAAAUAAAGCUAUACUCUUCAAUAAACUAAUAUAAUAUUAAAUUAGUAAAGAUU